AUGGACUUGAAAUUGAAUCAUACUCUUGUUCUCACUGAUUUUGCACCCAGACCUUAUUCAUUUGAGGUAGCAUCUUUAGGAAGAGGAGCUGAAACAAAAUCUGGGUUGAUUAGGGAACUUUCUGCCAGCUUUUUUCUUUCUUUGGCAAGAAAGGUCGGUGCUGAGUUCAUCGAGACCUUCAUUCUUAUGUUCACAAUCACUACCGCCGCCAUUGUCAACGAGAACACAAACGGCUCUGAGACUCUCAUAGGUUGUGCUGCCACCAGUGGUCUUGAUGUUAUGAUCCUCAUCUUUGCCACAGGCCACAUCUCUGGUGCUCAUUUCAAUCCUGUCGUCACCCUUUCCUUUGCUGCAUUGAAACACUUCCCUUGGAAACAUGUGCCUAUGUAUAUUGGUGCACAAAUUUUGGCAUCGAUUUGUGCCGCAUUUGCUUUGAAAUGGGUUUAUCACCCUUUCAUGAGUCGUGGAGUCACAGCUCCUUUAAGAAGCUACGCCCCAUCUUUUGCUUUGGAAUUCAUUAUUGCCUUUAAUCUAAUGUUCGUUGUCACUGCAGUAGCCACCGAAACCAGAGUUAUGAGUAUAUUUUUCUCCUCUCAUUACAUCCUUCAUAUGUGA